GUACAUUUGAAGAAAUAAAAAAGAUCAAGGACACACAGAAGGAGAGAAUUCUGUAAAAGGAAGUAUUUAUUUGGAUUCUUCCCUUAUAAUUCCAAUAUGAUUGGACUAGAAUCGUUGGCAGACCCCUCAGACACCUGGGAUAUUAUUGAUACCAUUGGAAAAGGUACAUAUGGAAAAGUUUACAAGGUCAGCAACAAGCGAGAUGGCAGCCUGGCCGCAGUGAAGAUUUUAGAUCCAAUCAGUGAUGUUGAUGAAGAAAUAGAAGCAGAGUACAAUAUUUUACAGUCCCUUCCAAACCAUCCAAAUGUUGUCAAAUUUUAUGGAAUGUUUUACAAAGCAGACCAAUAUGUAGGAGGACAGCUCUGGCUAGUUCUAGAGUUGUGCAAUGGUGGUUCUGUGACUGAUCUAGUGAAAACCAUCUUAAAGUGUGGUCAAUGCUUGGAUGAAGCUGUAAUCUCAUACAUUCUCUAUGGAGCUCUCCUGGGUCUUCAACAUUUACACAACAAUAGAAUCAUCCAUCGUGACGUCAAGGGUAACAAUAUUCUUCUUACAACAGAAGGAGGAGUCAAGCUAGUUGACUUUGGAGUAUCUGCACAACUCACCAGCGCAAGGUUACGUAGAAACACUUCAGUUGGGACCCCUUUCUGGAUGGCACCUGAGGUCAUUGCCUGUGAGCAACAGUAUGAUUACUCCUAUGAUGUGCGUUGUGACGUCUGGUCCCUUGGAAUCACAGCUAUUGAACUGGCUGAUGGAGACCCUCCUCUGUCUGAGAUGCAUCCAGUAAAAGCCCUUUUCAAGAUUCCAAGGUAG